UUGUUUCAAAGUUUGAAUAGAAUUCUGAGAGCCCUCAUUUUGAAAUUUCAUUCCUUUUGUCUUCGUUUCCUUUCCAGGACUCUUCCAUUUUUAUCUCUCUCUCUCUCUCUCUCUCUCUCAUCGCCCCCCAUCUUCAAGAUCUGUCUGCAACUGAUCUUGAAUCUUUAAUUGUAGUAAUGGCUCCAACGCCUUCUUCUUCCAAAUCCAAUCACAGCCACACAUCUCUGAUGAAGACCCCACAAUCCAAGCAGCGUCUCCAGUUCUUGAAAGCACACCCAUCUCCAAACCCUAACUCUGCCGCAAAAGAACCACCCGCAGAGCACCCAGUUGAAGUCCUAGCCCGAAUCCGAGAUUACCCAGAUCGAAAAGAACCACAACCAACAUCGGUUCUUCAGAUCAAUCCUCAAAAGCAGAGUAUUCGUGUCCGUGCUGAUUUUGGGUACCGAGAUUUCGCUCUCGACGGGGUUUCUUUAUCGGAAGAAGACGAUUUGGGGUCGUUUUACAGCAAGUUUGUUCAGUCCAGGAUUGACAGUGUGAAAUUGGGUGAAAAAUGUACAAUAAUGAUGUACGGUCCUACUGGUUCAGGCAAGAGUCACACCAUGUUUGGGUGUUGCAAGCAACCUGGGAUUGUGUACAGGUCGCUGAAAGACAUUCUUGGCGAUGGUGGAGAAGAUGAUUGUGCGGGUUCUAUGGCUGGGGCCUUUGUGCAGGUCACUGUUUUGGAGAUAUAUAAUGAGGAGAUUUAUGAUUUGUUGUCAAGCAAUGGUGGCGGAGGAUUCGGCUUUGGAUGGUCAAAGGGCAACGGCUCCAAUUCUAAGAACUCACUUGUGAUGAUGAUGAGUUUUCUGUUCAAGUCUGGAUAUUUGGAUAUGGUUGUAACUGUAAGUUUGGAUAUGGAAAUGGAUUUUCUGUGCAAGCUUGAAUUUGUAGAUUUGGUUGUGUUGGCCCCUGUCAAUUUGGUUGAGUUGGUUGUGUUGGCUCCCUGUCCCAACCGCUUGAUGCUUGUGGACAUGGCUGGCUCUGAAAAUAUUGAGCAAGCUGGCCAAAUUGGAUUUGAGGCAAAAAUGCAGACUGCAAAGAUCAACCAAGGAAACAUUGCUCUCAAAAGAGUGGUUGAAUCCAUUGCCAAUGGUGAUUCUCAUGUGCCUUUCAGAGACAGCAAACUGACCAUGCUUCUACAGGAUUCUUUCGAAGAUGAUAAAACAAAAAUUUUAAUGGUACUGUGUGCAAGCCCAGACCCAAAGGAAAUACACAAGACAAUCUCCACCCUUGAAUAUGGUGCAAAAGCAAAAUGUAUUGUCCGUGGCCCUCAUACGCCAAUCAAGGAUAAAAUUGGGACUGAAGAUUCAUCAGCUGUUAUUUUAGGAUCAAGGAUUGCUGCCAUGGAUGAAUUCAUCCUUAAACUGCAAAGGGAAAAUAAGCUCAAAGAGAAAGAGCGAAAUGAAGCACACAGGGAGUUACAGAAGAAAGAAGAGGUUGCUGCACUGAGAGCUAAACUUGAGCUUAUGGAAGGGACAGGAUCUGGGAAAAAGGAGGAAGAAAUCAACUUGAAGGUGACUGAAGUGGCCCAGACUCUGAAACGUGAGUUGGAAAAGAAGUUGGAGGAAUGCCAGCGUAUGGCAAAUGAGUUUGUUGAAUUGGAGAGGAGGAGAAUGGAAGAAAGGAUAUUGCAGCAGCAGCAGGAAGUUGAAAUGCUGAGGCGGCGGUUGGAGGAAAUUGAGCUUGAGCUAUGCCGCUCAGGUGAUGGAAAUGAUAAGGAGAGUGGGACAAAGGACCAUGAUGGAACCUAGUUUGCCUAAAGGUUGUUAAGGAUCUAUGCCAGUGAUGAUGCAGGAGGAAUGGUAAAGUCAAUGGAUUUGGACAUGGAUGAUCAAGAACCUUUUGCUCGUGAGGUGAAAUAUGUAGGUGGGGUUGCUUAUCAAUCUGACAGCAGUAUUGUAAAUGCUGUAAACAUUGAUUCUUUUGAACCAAAAUAUGCUGAUAGGGUAUGCCUAAGCACUGUUUUUGAGGAAGAAGAAAUGGAAGAAGAAGAAGGACUUAAGGAAAAUGUGGAAGCUGAAGAAGUGGAGAAAGAAGUUAUAGAGGAAAAGAGAGUGUGCAUGGUUGAUGGGUCUAGCCUCCAGAGUAAUUAUAAUAUAGGAUCCCUGACAUCUUUACCUAAGGAUUAUCAACAUACACCAACUAUGAAUCGGCCAAGCAGAAAUCCAGGGGAAGAAGAUGGCAAGGGGGGACCAGAUGAUAGGCUUGUCAGGAUCCGCAACAUAUUUACACUCUGUGGAAACUACAGAGAGCUCUCUCAACAUGUGACAAGUCCAGCACCUACUGUUGCAUCAGUUAAAUCAGAAAAUGAGCAGAAACUGACAGAAGAGAUAAACAAAAGUCAAGUAUGUGAUGAGAUGGCAUUGGCUUCCAAGGAGAACUACAACCCUUCAGAUGUGGUCACUGAUGCAGAUACUGAAGUUUAUGUGAAAUGGGAGGCUUCAAAAGAGAAUCCAGGGAAGUUCAUUACAACACUUAAGGUUGUAAAAGAUGCAAGCCUUGCUGACCUGCGAAAGUUGAUUGAAAUUUAUCUUGGUGCAGACAAUCAAGCAUUCACUUUUCUCAUGCUUGGGGACCCCACUGGAGCUUCAGUACCAAAGGAGAAGGAAGCAACAAUUCAGGCCACUAAGCUUCCUCUAUGCAACAAUAAAUCGAAUGGCUACCUUGCUAGCUUGAGACCACUGAAGGGAAUGCAAAGCCCAAGUCAGCUCCCUUUAAGUCCUCUCCCAUUGAAAUCAAUGGAAAAUAGACUACCACUCACCCCAAGUUCCUGCUUCGCUGUCCAAGGUGAUUGUAUGACACCCAAAGUAGCACCAAACUUAGGUUCUACUCCUUAUAUUACUGUCAGGAGACAUUAGUAGUUCUGAUUGUGUUGGUUGUAGGAAGUGCACUUAGACACUGCAACUUUUGUAAUGAAAACUCCUGUGUCAGACUCAGACAGUGCAACUUUCAACCAUAUUUUGGUUGUUUAACACCCAGAAAGUAGGAUCAAACUUGUGUAUUGAAAGUGCACUAUAUAUAAAUAUGUUUCUUUUGAUUGUGCCUCA